AUGGACCUGGGGGGCUUGGGAAUGCCAGAUAUUGAAAGAUCUGGAAGAGCUUUACGGCUCCGCUGGCCUUGGCUCCAAUGGACUGACCCUGAGCGUACGUGGGUGGGAUCAAAGCUUCCCUGUGACGAGACUGACAUGGCACUUUUCAGGGCCUCCACCAAGAUCACUAUUGGCAACGGAAAGCUUACCUCCUUCUGGCACGACAACUGGUGUGGACGGGGCCCCCUUUCGACUUGGGCGCCUGACCUUUUCAAGAUCGCCUCCAGGAAAAACCGCAUGGUUGCCAAAGAGUUGAGCGACAACAACUGGAUCCGCUCCGUCAACAGGAUAAACACACCCACGCAGCUGACGCAAUAUUUGGAGCUUUGGGACAUCAUCCAAGUCGUCAACCUGGCCCCUGAGCAACCGGACUCCAUUAUAUGGACUCUCACUACCGACUCGACUUACAGUGCUAGCUCUGCUUACAAGGCACAGUUCUUCGGUGGUCAGGCUAGAUUUCUCGCAACAAAGAUUUGGGCUGCUCACGCCGAACCGAAGUGUAAGCUUUUUGGUUGGCUUGCCCGCACUGAAAGCCGCUAG